AUGGCUAGCCCUACAGUUCUCUCGUUCGAUGCUGAGGGCCGCCGGAUUAAGUUUGAGACCUGGCUCGAUGAUCUGCACCUGUUCCUCCAGCUCACUGCCAGGGAGGAUGUCUCGCUGUACGAUCAUGCACUAGGCAAAGCUGCUGCCCCUGCUACUGAUGCUGACGCCACUACCCGCUCCCAGUGGCAGACUCGUGACGCCCACGCUCGCUUCGCUAUUCGCAACUCCCUGCCUGUAGAUGAGCGCGAGCACUUCGGCCAGCACAGGACUGCCCAGGCACUGUACACUGCUGUAGUUGCGCGCUACUCCUCCCCAGCCUCUGCUGCGCUAGGCCGUCUCUCGCUUCCCUACCUGUUCCCUGACCUGUCCGCCUUCCAGACAGUCGCUGACCUCAUCACGCACCUCCGCACUAGUGAGGCCCGCUUCCGUGCCGCUAUGCCUGCUGAGUUUCUUGCCUCCCACCCUCCCCCGCUCUGGCUCACUCUCUACCACCUAGUUACCCGCCUCCCUGACACUCUGCGUACAGUCAGGGACAGCUUCCUAGCCCGCUGCCCCACUGAGCUCACCAUUGCCACCCUCGAGAAGGAACUCCUUGCAGCUGAGAAGAGUAUUGUAGCUGUAGGUGCCUCUCGUGGUGACCCCCGCACCCCUUUCUUCGAGGGGUGUUCCCCCUCCCCCCUGCUCCCCUCUGUCGCCUCUGCUGCUGCUGUCGACCUCCUUGGUGCUGAGCAGGUCGGGUCUGCGUCCGCUCCCAGCGGGCGCCGCAGCGGCAGGGGCAGGGGAGGCAAGGGCGGUGGGGGUGAUGGCGGGGGAGGCGGUGGUGGGGGUGGUGGCGGCAAUGGGGGCGGUGGCGGGGCUGGAGGGGCUAGUGGCAGCGGUGGGGGUGGUAGAGGCAGCGGCGGCGGCGGUGGCCGGGGUGGGGGCGGUGGUGGUGGCGGCGGAGGACGUGGCGGCGGCAGGGGCGGUGGUGGUCGUGGUGGCGGCGGCGGUGGUGGUCGUGGAAGCUCUGGCACUGGCCAGAGCACGCAGCACUCUCAGUCCUCCCAGGAGCUUCGUGAGUGUGGAGAGGAGGACCAGUACCUGUGUGUUCCGCCUGACCCAGGCAUCCGCACGAGUGAGGCUGCCGCCCUAGGUGCUUGCGUGUCUGCUGCCCCAGGUGCUGGUGAGGCUACUGCUCUAGGUGCUUGUGUGUCCGCCACCCCAGGUACUACUGAGUCCACUGAGGCACUGCACACCUUCACUCUAGACUCAGGCGCUUCGCGCUGUUUCUUUCGUGACCGCACUGCUCUUGAGCCCCUUGCUCGACCAGUCGGUGUCUCGCUCGCUGACCCCUCUGGGGGUCCGGUCAUUGCGACCUCCUCCACUGUCCUUCCUUGUCCUGCUGUCCCGUCGGGCACACUGUCAGGUCUCCACCUCCCCUCGUUCUCUACAAACUUGGUGGCGGGUUGUGCGCUUCAAGAUGGGGGUGUUCACCAGUUCACCCCUGCCUACGAGCGCGUGACACACUGCACGUGUGCUCGGACGGGCCGUCACCUGGCUACCUUCACUCGGCAGCCGGGGUCGGACCUGUACACAUUGACCACUGAGUCCCCUCAGGUAGCGGCGUCUGCGUCUGCGUCAGGUCAGCUGUCAGCCCCCUGCUCGUGUCGCUCUCUGGCGCACAAGACAGUCCUCUGGCACCAUCGACUUGGUCACCCGUCAAUGCAGCGCCUUCGGGGCAUGCACGCCCGGUACCUUGUCUCUGGUCUUCCUCGGGUACUCCCUCCCCUCCCACCCUCCCUUGCUCCUCCUUGUCUUCCCUGUGUCGAGGGGCGACAACGCGCUGCCCCUCACUCCUCCUCGUUCCCCCCGACGACUGCUCUGCAGACGCUCCACAUGGACGUGUGGGGCCCAGCCCGCGUCCGUGGUCAGGGCCAGGAGAGGUACUUCUUGAUCGUCGUUGACGACUACUCGCGCUACACCACGGUCUUCCCCUUGCGCACCAAGGGUGAAGUCCCUGAUGUUCUGAUCCCUUGGAUCAGCAGAGCACGUCUUCAGCUGCGAGAGCGUUUUCGCUCGGAGUUUCCUGUCCUGCGCUUGCACUCUGACAGAGGUGGUGAGUUCUCCUCCGACCUCUUGGCAGCCUACUGUGCCGAGCACGGCAUUCGCCAGUCGUUCACGCUUCUGGCCUCUCCACAGCAGAAUGGGGUUGCUGAGCGCCGCAUUGGCUUGGUCAUGGAGGUCGCUCGUACCUCCUUAGUCCACGCGGCUGCCCCCCACUUUCUGUGGCCGUUUGCCGUCCGGUACGCUGCGCAUCAGCUCAACCUCUGGCCCCGUGUCUCUGCUCCGGAGACCUCGCCCACACUGCUGUGGACGGGGGAGGUUGGCGAUGCGUCACGCUUCCGUGUCUGGGGAUCCCGAGCUUUUGUUCGCGACACGUCUACGGACAAGCUCUCCUCCCGCACUGCUCCGUGUGUCUUUCUUGGCUUUGUCCCGGAUGCGUCUGGCUGGCAGUUUUACCACCCCGCCUUGCACCGCGUCUUCCCCUCUCAGGACGUCACUUUUGACGAGUCCGUGCCCUUCUACCGCCUCUUCCCCUACCGCACUGCCCCGCUCCCUCCCCCGCCUCUCUUCCUCGCGCCAGGUGCUGCAGUGGUAGACCCCCUUCCCCCUCAGGGUGCCGCUCCUUCAGGUGUCUCCCAGGUAGACCCGGUUGAGCCUGCCGAGGUAGCUGUCGACUCGCGUCCGGCUAGGGGUUCUGAGCCUGAGCGUGCGGAGCCUGAGCGUGCGGAGCCUGGGGGUGCUGAGUCUGGGGGUACUGAGCGUGGGGGUGCUAAGUCUGGGGGUGCUGAGCCUGGGGUUGCCGAGUCUGGGGGUGCUGAGCCUGGGGUUACUGAGUCUGGGGGUGCUGAGCCUGGAGUUGCUGAGUCUGGGGGUACUGCAGCUGACUGUGAGACGCCUGGAAGAGCUCCCUCUUCGCAGCAGCUGCGUGAGUGGUACUCGCGGUACUGCAGCCUUCGGCGGGGUGCGUCUCCGGCUCGCGGUGCUGCUGGAGUUGGUGCUCGUGUUUCCCCGCCGCGGCGGGAGCCGCCCUCUUCCCCACAGCUCCGGGAGUGGUACGCUCGGCACAUCAGUCUUCGUAGUGGGACUGCUGGUGCUGGGGUCCCCGGGGUUGACACUACUACUGGUACUGCGGACCCUGGAGCUGGAGGUGCUGCUGCUGCUGGCGGUACUGCUGGAGGUGCUGUUACUGCUGGCGGUGCUGCUGGUGCUGCUGGAGGUGAGGCUGGUGCUGCUGACCCUGGUCCUGGAGGUGCUGCUGCUGCUGGCGCUACUGCUGGUGCUGCUGGAGGUGCUGCUGGAGGUGCUGCUGAUGGUGCUGAGGACCCUGCCGCUGCGUCGUGA